UUAUCAAGGGUCUUGCUCCAACCCAUGGAUAGUAAUUCCACCAACCCACAAUCCAUCCAGUCAGCCAGUAUCUCCGCCGACGUCUAUCAUAUUGCAACUCUUGUACAACACAAGGUGUAAGUCACAGAUAAGGAGCGGUGAGGCUGAUUACAGACAGGGCGGCCGGCAGUGGCUUGAGUCUAGAAAGGCGAUACACUGAUGUUCCAUGAGUGGGGGUUCGGUAGAUAUGAGACUUAUCUCUUACGCCUUUGAGCUGGUGAGCCACGGCUCAGCAAUAACAUUUAUACCAUCACGCAGUCGACAUGUCGAGAUCUCUGAAAUCCAUGACCAUGUCGAGCACCGAGUUGAAAGGCGACCUAAUUACCGUCGGGGCGCCGACUGACUCCGACAUCCAAGAGACCUCACUUGGCAAAAUCUAUACAGACGAAGUUUUCAAGAAAACUGACGACGGUGUCGACUUUCGAACCGUCGGAUGGAAACGCACCUCUGUCAUUUUCAUGAAGCUCCAAUUUGCCCUUGGUGUUCUUAACAUACCAAGUGCUAUAUACGUUCUUGGUGCCGUUGGUGGCGCUUUCAACGUUGUUGGCUGGGGACUUCUCAACACCUAUGGGGGCUAUGUCCUUGGUAACUUCCGCAAACGUCACCCUGAAUGUCACGGCAUUUCCGACAUGGCCUUUGUGUGUGGCGGGCCCAUUGCAAGAGAGGCGGUUGAAGUGCUCUUCGUUUUCACCUACGUCCUCUGUGCAGGUGCCAGUAUUCUUGGAGUUACUAUCGCGAUUAAUGCACUCUCGGAGCACGCCGCAUGCACAGUAUGGUGGUCCCUUCUUUCGACCGUGGUUGUGAUAGCAGCAGCCAGCUUGCGGAAGUUCGAAAAGAUCGGCUGGCUUAGCUGGGCUGGCUUCAUUUCCAUCUUUACCGCCGUGUUUAUCGUUGUCAUAGGCGUUACCACGAUCGACCGACCUGCCGCUGCUCCCCAGACCGGGCCGUACGAUUUGGGCUAUCAUGCUAUUGCUUACCCCGACUUUGUCAACGGCAUCGUCGCUGUCGUGAUUAUCUUUGUCUCCUCUUCUGCUACAUCGGCAAUGGUCCCCGUCAUCUCGGAGAUGAAGAACCCGGCCGACUACAACAAAGCCUUGUUUACGAGCCAAGGCUUGAUCAACAGCUCUUACUUGACCUUUGGACUAAUCGUCUACGCUUACUGUGGUAAAUGGGUGGCAUCCCCUUCUCUCGGUAGCGCUGGCCCUACAGUCAAGAAGGUUGCAUACGGCAUUGGGUUGAUUGGACUUGUUGUCAGCGGACUACUAUGGCUCCAUGUUCCGGCAAAAAUCGUCUUCGUACGCAUUCUACGCAACUCGAAACACCUGCAAGCAAACACCAUGAUCCAUUGGGGCACAUGGUUCGGCUGCACUAUUGUGCUUGGAAUCAUCGCCUUCAUUCUAGCAGAAGCGAUUCCGGUCUUCUACAGCAUCGUGGCGCUUUCCGGGGCCAUCUGCUUCGCGCCUAUGGCUAUAUGCUUGCCAGCAUGGUUCUGGCUUCACGAUCACGCCGAGUACCGUUCCAACACCGUCCCACGCAGGGCGCUUUAUUACCUCCACUGCUUCUUCCUGCUUCUCGGCACUUUUCUCACUGUGGGUGGCACAUACGGCACCGUGCAGCAGAUCGUUGAUGAGUACGCGAACGGUGGGACUGGUGGGGUUUUCAGUUGCGCAGAUAAUUCCGGGUCAACGUGAACAGCACAGCAGCUACGCUGUCGGGGUUGCACACGCCUUGAGAGAUAUAGUGGCGAGACUAUUUAGUAUUUAGUCCUACAAUCUAACCCAC